UUCCGAAUGAAUGGAGACUUGUUGCACAGUUGGUGUUUGGAAGUCCUGAAGGAGGCCCCGGCGAGAAGGCUCAGAAGCCACUCGAAGACCGAGUCAAGAUCUAUGGGAAGUUGUAGAGAUAGCCUAGAUUGCCCCUAUAGAGCUCUUUCCGUUCUCGAGCAUUUUCCGUGCCUUCUUUCCAUGGCCGAUUGCACCUUCUAUGGCUAUGGAGGCGCUCUUUCCAAAGUUGUCUACAUCUUACAUCUCAAAAUUCUUCAAUGUCUACCGUUCUCUCUUUGAAUAUGGAUUCCCUUCUCUGAACGACCUCCUACGUGGCUCACGACUCUAUUUAUAAUUCUCAUCAUUUAUACCAAUCCUGAAUAUCAUCAUGGUAUUUCCUUGUUUACCAGCUUUGACCACUCUCUUUGCCCUCACCUCUGCCACACUCCUUCACAAUCCUCACUCCUCGCUAUUGAACCUAACAAGCCGGCACAUCCAAGUCCCAUACGGUAUCUACAUCCAUCACUGCUCCGUCCCCGGCACGGUCGCCCUCACCUUUGAUGAUGGACCAUACAUCUACACCCCCGAGCUUCUUGAGCUGCUUUCGUCUCAUGGCGCACGAUCCACCUUUUUUGUGAACGGUCACAAUCUCAACAAUAAUAUCGGGGUCAUCCAGCGCAUUGUAAAUGAAGGACAUCAGUUAGCGUCGCAUACCUUUAGCCAUGCCAAUCUCCCUGUCCUCGACUACGCUGGUAUAGUCGAGCAAAUGACCAUGCUAGAGUCCGCUUUUGCAGACGCCGUCGGAGUCGUGCCUACCUAUAUGCGGCCGCCGUAUCUCGCUGUUAAUGACCUUACCUUGGCUGUGAUGGCGGAUCUCGGAUACCAUGUUAUCGGAGCCAGCGUAGACACUAAGGACUACGAGAACGACCAUCCAGAUUUGGUUGGGCGCAGCGUGGCGAAGUUCAAUAAAGACCUUGAUCAGGGUGGCACUAUCGUCCUGGCUCAUGAUAUUCACCAGCAGACGGUGCAAACGCUGGCGCAUAUCAUGUUGGAUGAGAUCUUCGAACGGGGAUUGCAGCCUGUGACGGUGGGAGAAUGUCUUGGUGAUCCGGAGGAAGAAUGGUAUCGUUGAAUUACUACUGUUAUGUCGUAUAUUGUUAUCCCAUCGCUCUGUUUCUUAGAAAAAUCGAUUUGAUUUGGA